AUGUUUAAAAAAUUAAUAAAUCGUCAGGAAGAUACUCAAGUUAAAAUAAGUGAUUCAGCAUUAAGCGAUAUAAUUCCAUCCGAUGAUGUUAUUCUAACAAAAAAGUCCCAACAGAAACGAUGCUUAAACAUAUGUAAAGUAUUAAUAUUCAUAUUUAUCUUGGGACUUAUUGCUAUUGGAAUUGUUCUAUUAGCAUUGAUUCUUACAUAUUCAGGUAAAUCAUUUAUGAGUUUUAUUUUACACUCAUCGGCAACUCAAUUAUUAUCAAAUAAAACAUUACAUCAACAAAAUUUCACUGAAUCAUCUCACAUACAAGAUUGGCAAAAAAUAGCUGUUCUACCAACAAGUACUCAUUAUUCUACACAAUCGACUGUAAAAACGAUUCUAACAUCAAUUCUUAAUCGACAAUCAACGAAUAUACCAUUUACAACAAUAAAAGAUCGAGAUUAUACUCUAAUAUCAUCGGAAAAAAAGAUAAGUACAUCAACAUUUGUUAUUCCAAAAAUUCGAACUUAUGAAAUAACAACAUCGAAAAAUCUUCUUACUUCGAAAUCUCUAAUGAACAAGAAUACAAAACAAACGACAUUCAAUCGAUAUAAAACAAUCGACGAUAAUGAUAAUAUACUCGAUGAUCUUUUAUUUUCAUAA